AUGGUCUUCAUAAUCAAGAGUCCGAUGACUAUAAGAGUGGAUCCGAUCCACCAAAUGGUCGACAAGACCUCUGAGAAAAAUACUGAUCCAUGGCAACAAAUGGAUGGACUCAUCGCUAGUUUGCCGAACACAGAGGCCGUCGCCGCCAACGCUCCAGACGUGACCGACAGAUACAGUCCUCGCGAUAUGACAGCCAUUAGUGGGGAUGUGAGAAUAGAAUGCACUGAUUGGCCGAUCGAUGAGAUAGUAGGAGCGUUUGGGCCAAUCACAGAGCUAUUGUUUGAAACGAUUUGUGAAUUGACUCUCACUUUACGAUUCACUCAUUCAUUCAUCUAUUUUGUAAUUGUCUUCACAUCACUAUUAACUGAUCCGAUGGACGAUUACGAAGAGCUCGACUCAUUCACUGAGUCACUUAUCCAACGAAACCGCGAACGACAGGCACUUCUUGAGACCAGUUUUCAUACGAGUGACCACUUGUCAGACGGGGCACAGAGUGACGGGUUGUCCGACUCGGCCACUGCUGACCAGUCCUUGGAUUUAGAUUCAGAUUUGGUCCCAAAAUUGAUGCCUAAUUUGAUCCCUCAUUUGACACCAAAUGUGACCCCAAUUGUGGCCAAAUCGGUGACCGCUUUGACGAAUGACAACAUGAGAAACAUUGAGUCCAACGAGUCGUGUCCGGCGGCCAACACAUCGACCGAUCGAUUGAAGGAAAGUUUGGCCAAAAUGAGUGGCAGUGAGCGAAGAGUGCCAUUGAAUCAAAGGCUUAACUCAAUCGCGCGAUCCUAUAAUUCAGAGGACACCGAAAAUAUGGACGGGGCACAGAGUGACGGGUUGUCCGACUCGGCCACUGCUGACCAGUCCUUGGAUUUAGACUCAGAUUUGGUCCCAAAAUUGAUGCCACAAUUGACACCAAAUGUGACCCCAAUUGUGGCCAAAUCGGUGACCGCUUUGACGAAUGACAACAUGAGAAACAUUGCGUCCAACGAGUCGUGUCCGGCGGCCAACACUUCGGCCGAUCGACUGGUGGAUAGUUUGGCCAAAAUGAGUGGCAGUGAACGAAGAGUUUUGCUGAACGGUAUAGGCUUUAACCGGAACGACGAGAACAACGGCGGGGCUCUCGUUAAUCCCGUGGUAGCGAUGAGACAAACAGUGAAUGGUGUCAACGAUACGCCGCCGAAGAAGCGUCUUCUUCUCAACGAUAAAAGAGCGGUUCCAGUAGUGAACGCCUCGCCCAAUGUGUCGGCCGUUCGCAAACAAUUUUGGAGCGGACAAAAGCCCGAAACCACAAAACCGGAGACUUUGUCACUGAAAGCGAAGAAUGAAUUGUUUGAAAAGGCCAUCGAAGAGGAAAACGAGGCUAAAAGCAAACAAUACUCGGGCCAUAAACGUGACGCACCGGUGAUGAGCGGCGAACCAAACGUGAGACAACUUAUGGGAGUGAAACUCUUCGGUCCGGAGACAACGAUUGCCAACGCAUACAAGAAAGAGCGCGAAAGUCGUCAACAAGAACUGGAACUACUGAAGCGUCCCAUUAAAGCAAAUGAAGCCAUCGAACAGAAAACAGAUAUUUUAGUGGUUAAUGAAAGGAAUCGACAGAUUCAGAAGCAAAUCGAUGACUUGCAACAAAAGGUCCAAAAUACGACCGACCAGGAAAGUCAGGCGAGUAAAAUGCUUACUCUAUGUCUUGAAACCGAGUUAAAAGGAUCGGAACGACACGUCGAAGCGGAGAAAGUUCUCCUCGUCUUCGGACAAAAACGAAUCGCGUUUCUCAAUGAAAUUCAAAAACUGAAGAGUAAAAUGAAUUUGGAAGAGGAGUCGACCAAAGGUUCCCUCACUCUCACCAAUCUUAGAGUCCCUCUAAAGGCCGACUUUCUGGUGGCGCGCGCUAAGCAAACCGUUCCAGAAAUGCACCACUUUAUCUGCAUUGUCUACAGUGGGGCCAAUGUUUUCGUCACAAAUGUAUUGAAUACCGACAAAGACCUCAAAAACGGUUUCUUAGAUUUUGAGUUUGGCGUCCGUUUGCCUGAACUGAACAGUGAUUUUUCAGUCAUUGUCCACAUCUAUGACUUGAUUACAAUGAAGACACAGAUUAAGAAGACCCCGAAGAAGACCCCGAAGAAGCACAAGUCGACAAUGAAGUCGCCGAGUGUUCGCAGUCCCGGCGGACCCAACGCUGUGCUCAGCACUAGUUUCCAAUUGAACGGCAUUUUCAAUAUAAAUAUCUCUAAUUAUUAUAAGAAAUCGUUUAAAUUAGAAAACUUUUCGUUCAAUUCUCCGCUCGAAGGCGUCAUUAAUAUGAAGACUGAACUAACGGUUGAACACAACUACUAUAAGGAGGGCCUUCUCGAUGUUUGCGACGCCUCUGGCAUCCGAUGGAACCUUCGAUGGGUUGUCCUUAAAGGCCAUCAAUUGGGGUUCUGGCGGUUCCCCGAAGACGUGGCCUCCAAAUCAGCGCUCGGCUCCAUAAACCUCGAGGACGCUGAAAAUAAGGAGGUGAGCCAAGAGUGGGCCCAACAUAUCAGCCGCGCUCUCAAUGGGAUCCGUAUUUGGAACUCAGACACAGUAAAACCCUAUCGUAUCGAAGAGUUUGAUGAACUUCUUAUUGCUUUGGAUUAA